ACAUAAGAUUUGUGGCACUGUUUACCUAUCUGAAAAUUAUUUUAUUUCUACUGCUCUCUUGUUUUCGGAAAUUGAAUCUGAAUAAAUCCAAUCCGAAUUUCAGACUAAAAUAUAAAAGGAAAAACUUUCAAUUUCUUUUUCUUGUUUCGUUUGCGUACCCAAAUUUCUACAUUCUUCCUCCCCAUUUUUCCCGAUCAGUCAGACCUAGGGUUAGGGUUUCUACUUUCCACCAAUUCAUCAACAAAUCACCCAUAUCACAAGUUUCCCCUUUCCUCACUCAUGCGAAAAUGCGCAAUCUUCAAGAAAUUCUCUCCCCGUCAGGUCUCCAAAUUCCCCUCACUCUCGGCUCGAAUUUGACAGUACCAGUCGGAUAUUCGGGUCCGAGAUUGUACGGCUGGCUCACGGAGUGCCAUGGGAUUUGGCAUAAUGCGGCACUGAUCGUGGCAUCGGUUCUGUUCGUCCUGUACUUGGGUUUACAGGCUAGACAGAGCUUGCCUAAGCUCUCCCAUGGCCGCUCUUAUAUUAUGAUUGCAUAUUACGCGUGCCUUUGGGUUGUCAGUUUGCUCAAUCUUGGUUGGUGCCUUUUUCAGGCAUGGGAGUGCACUCCAGGAAAAGAAAUGGCUUGGAAUGUCCUAGCUUUGUUUACCAAGUCUGGGAUGUUAUUCUUGGAAGUAAGCUUGCUGGCUUUUCUAUUCCAAGGAAAUUCCGUAAAUGGAAUAGAGGCUUUGACACGGACUUUUGGUAUCUCAGGGCUUGUUGUUGGUUUGGACAUAGUUCUCAAGGCAAUAUAUCUUUUUGCAUUUGGGAUCCCAUUAUUCAUUGACAGCAAUGAUCAAACUCAUAAAAUGAAAUGGGGCUUGUGGGUUGUCCACAAGAUGGUGCUUACUGCAAUUUAUGGUUCUGUCUUGUUCAUGUACAAUUCCAAGUGGAGAGAGAGAUUGCCAGCAAGACCUGCUUUUUACAAAUACACCGCCAUCAUGUUCUCAUUAAAUGCGGUAUCGGUAUUUGCUUGCGGACUUACAGGGAAUGGGGCUGGUUUUGGAUUCUGGUUAUAUGGUGCUACCAUUGUCUGUUACCAUGCUUUUUAUCUUCCUCUUAUAUACGCAACAUUUCUUGCUGACUUUUUCAUGGAGGAAAAUUUGAACUUGGAAAAUGCAUACUACUCGGAGAUGAAAGAUGCAGGUUUCUUCGAUGCCGAUUGGGAAUGAAAAAUGAUGUGAAUGAAACCAUCUGAAAUCAUCUCACAUGAUGAUGUAGUAGUAGGUCUGUUACACUCUGUUGAUGUAAAUACACACAAGUAAAUAUUUUCAUGGAUGUGAUGAGAGGCUGAUCGACACAAUCCUUAUCUUAAACUUAAAUGUAGUCUGUCUUUGAUACUCAAUUGUACGACACAGCAAAUUAAGUCAUAUAUGUAUAUUUUAGUUUGCUUCUGCAA